AUGCGAUCGCAGGCCCCAGCCCGGGUCGUGAGGCAGCGGAAACUCAACAAAUCCACCCUCCAGCAGAUCCUUCGCGAGGACCAGAUCGAGUCUGCUGAAUUUCAUUCACUUCAGAAUCAAUAUCAUGUUGAAACUGGAGUGGAGCGGUCAGAGGAGAAUGAAUACCAUCUCCAAGCCGCGCUGGCCGCCAGUGCGGGCGCAGGGGAGAAGGAUACCGAGAAAGAAAUCCCAGCUCCUCCUGCCCAGGAGGGUACCAACAUCGAUUACGAUGCCCUGUACUCAUUAAAAUUUGCCCAACCCGCUACCUACAUUCGCUUUUCGCAAACCGUGGAAGAAUGCACUGGUUGUCAAUAUGAUAUGACUACCGAAGAUGAUGCCUUUUUAAAGGUGUAUAACCAAAAGAAAGGAAUGGGUGCACGAUGCUCCGAGGCUGACUUCGAGAAAAUCAUGGAAGUCUUCGAGGAAACUGCCGAACUCCAAGCUCCAUUUGCAGCUGUAGACAAUACAGUGGUACCUUUCGAGACCAUGAAGUAUGCGCUGAAGAAUCAGAUGGAUGACAAAAUCCAAAAUGCAUUUGCCAAAGAUAUCUACGAGCACUGGAAGGUCCGCAGGCAAGCCUCUGGCAAUAAGCCUUUGCAGCCCAGCCUGAAAUUCGAGACCCACCAAGAGAACGAUGAUGGUGAUCCCUAUGUGUGUUUCCGCCGUCGCGAGGUCAGGCAGACUAGGAAGACUAGAGCUCGGGACGUCCAAAGCACUGAUAAACUCAAGAGAUUAAGGAAAGAACUUGAGGAAGGACGCCAACUUGUGGCGCUGGCAUUCCAGCGGGAAAUGACGAAACGAGAGCUUUUGAAUGUUGACCGGAAUAUCUUUGAGCAACGUGCUAAGGUUAAGGAGGCAAAGGUCAGGCUUGGUAUCAAGGGCGAUGACGAGGACUUGAUCAACCAAAGGCCACAAAAGAGAAAGGUCUCCGACUUCCCCGCAUUACAGCGGCCAUCAGGUUCGCAAGUGCGCUUGCCUGGCCGUUCGGAUGGCCGCCCGCUGGACGCCGAUCUCGUCCAACUGGGUAACGUUCUUGCCCAGAAAGAGAAUCUUCUUCAAAGAGAGAUUGAAGAGAAGACAAACCAGCAUCGUAAGUGGAAUCAAAACCACAUUGAUCUCACCCGAGAACCUCUCUCGCCGGUUAGUGGUCAAAAUCCCGACUGCGGGUUCCGUCCUGCAACCGCACAGUAUCAGUACUUGAUGACUCCUCCGUCGUCAGUUGCUUCGGAAUCCUCUGAUCAUGAUUCGCCACUUCAAGAAAAGCCUGAACCCUUCACAUUCAGGUACAACUCUCCGCCAGAAGAAGACGAGCCCCGACCGCAGCCAGCAUAUCGUAGACGAAUUGGUCGUGGUGGUCGCUUGUGGAUCGAUCGUAGGGGUAUGGCCUCUGCAUUCCGGACUGUCGAAGAGAAUGGUUCGGAUCGGUGGAAAUAUGAUCAGGAUGACGAAGAGGAGCAGCCCGUAUAUGAAAUGGAUCCAUAUGAUACCAAGGCUCUCCGGUUCAGGGCAACAAUACCGUUCCCUCCGCAUCUCUUACCUCAGCGUCCUCGACAAGACGAUAGAAACCGAAUAACCAACGGAAGUCCCUCGAAUAGUCGUGUGGCGGCUACGGGACCACCAGCAGCGGCUCCCACAGCACCCACUUGA